GAAACAGGAAGCCUGGUCGCUACCUCACUAUGCCAGUAGAAGGUUCAGAGGACCAGGUGCUUCCUUCCAUCUCCAGCCCGGCCAGCGCUGCCCUCACGCCAGGACGGACAGAGGAGGAUGGAGCCAACAGGGGAUCAGCGCUCUGCUCUUUUCUUGAAAAAAGUCAGGGAUCUGAGGCUGCUGCAGCCUAUCCUGUCAACACUGGACCUGGAGAGAGCAAUAAGGGUGGGAAGAGACAUGCAGGUGUGCUACAGAUUGACAGACAGCGAAUCCAAGCAGCAUCAGCCAGUUCUGGAGCUGAUGAACUUCAAGGUCUUGGUGUGGCUGUGUAUGACCAGGAUGUCCUUGAGCAAGGUGUCCUCCAGCAAGUGGAUGAGGCAAUUCAGGAGGCAAACCAGGCCGCUGCUAAAGCUGAGGCAGAAAAGGAGUACCAGUCUGUGCUGGAUGAUGUCUGGUCUGUGACAUCAGCUCUGAAACACAUCAACAAGAUUAUUGAGCAGCUGUCCCCCUAUGCCACCUCCAGCAAAGACGUCUGUAGGAAGAUAGAAUCUGUCAAACGACAGAAGGAAAAUAAGGAGAAACAGCUGAAGAAAGUCCGAGCCAAACAGAAGAGACUACUGACCAUUCUGGGAGGAGAGGACACUGUGAGGGUUGAGGCUGAGCUUUUGGUAGAAGAGGAUGGGGAAGAAGAAGCUGGACCAUCUACCCUGGGAAGCAUGCUAAUGCCGGCUCAGGAGACAGAAUGGGAGGAGCUUAUCCGGACAGGCCAAAUGACUCCUUUUGGUACACGAAUCCCCCAGAAGGAGGAAACGAAGAAGCCUCGAAAAGUGAUGCUUGCAGAAAGCUCCGCCUUUGAUCAGUAUUUGGCCAACCAGGCCAAGCUGGCCACUGAAAGAAGGAAAUCUGUCCCUCUAAAGAGAAAACGCAACUCUGGACACAGCCCUGAUGUGUGCACAAACAGAAAAACCAAGAAAUUUGUCACCUCAUCCAAGGACAAGAAGCUCCAGAAGCGCAUGAGAAAGCUCCAGAUAACUGCGCUGAAGACUCACCCGAAGAUUAGGCCCAAGGCUGAACCCCAACACGUAAAACCAAGAAGGAAGCAUCACACUGAGCAAGAGGAGACUGACAGCGAGGGGUCAGACUACCUGCCCAGUGAUGAACUCAUGGAUCCUGACCAAGAUGAAAGGGAAGCUAUGGAGGAGGGCUUUGGAGAGGAGGAGGAGGAGGAUGAAGAGUAUGAGUUGAAACCAUAUGUAAGAAAGGAUGAACGGAAAAGGAGGAAGAAAAGGGAAGAGAGUGAGGAAGAAUAUUGCCCAGACAGUUCAGAAGAAGAAGAAGAACACAGACAUGGUAAAGGGAAAAAAUACAAAGAUGACGGCGAUGCAGACUUCUACAAAUGGAGAAUAAGGAGAUGGAAGAGACAGCGUCUUCGAGAAAGAGAGGAGAAGAGGCAAAGGAAUGAGGAGGUUACAGAUGACAGUGAUGCAGUUGAUGAAGGAUUCAAAGUUCCUGGGGCCCUUUGGAAAAAGCUUUACAAGUACCAGCAGACAGGUGUACGGUGGAUGUGGGAGCUCCACUGUCAACAGGCUGGCGGCAUCCUGGAGAUGAGAGGGAUUGGGUAAACCAUUCAGGUCAUCAGCUUUCUGGCUGGACUGAGCUACAGCAAACUGAGGACCAGGGGAUCGAACUACAGGUAUGCUGGUCUGGGUCCUACAAUCAUCGUGUGUCCUGCUACAGUCAUGCACCAGUGGGUGAAGGAGUUCCAUAGGUGGUGGCCUCCUUUCAGAGUGGCUGUCCUACAUGAAACUGGCUCCUUUACCAGUAAAAAGGAAAACCUGAUUCCAGCGAUUGCAUCAAGCCACGGCAUCCUAAUAACUUCAUAUUCUGCAGUGAGGACCCUGCAGGACUCCCUGCAGCGUUACGAUUGGCACUACGUAAUAUUGGAUGAAGGCCACAAGAUUAGAAAUCCUAAUGCCGGAGUUACAACAGCCUGUAAACAGUUCCGUACUCCACACAGAUUCAUCCUCUCAGGUUCUCCCAUGCAAAACAACUUGAAGGAGUUGUGGUCUCUUUUUGAUUUUGUCUUCCCCGGCAAAUUGGGGACAUUGCCUGUCUUCAUGGAGCAGUUUUCUGUACCAAUUACCAUUGGUGGCUACAGCAAUGCCUCACCGGUACAGGUCCAGACAGCGUAUAAGUGCGCAUGUGUGCUUAGAGACAACAUCAAUCCUUACCUGCUCCGAAGAAUGAAGGCAGACGUCAAAGCUAAUCUGUCCUUACCUGACAAAAAUGAACAGGUUCUGUUUUGCAGAUUAACAGAAGAACAACGGCAGGUGUAUCAAAGCUUUUUAGAUUCUAAAGAAGUCUACCAAAUGCUAAAUGGUGGCAUGCAGGUAUUCUCAGGUUUAAUAGCGCUGCGUAAAAUCUGCAACCACCCGGACCUUUUCUCAGGUGGCCCCCGGAUUUUAAGGGGGAUCCCAGAGGAUCAACUAACUGAGGAGGAACACUUUGGGUACUGGAAACGCUCAGGCAAGAUGAUAGUGGUGGAGUCACUGCUGCGCCUGUGGUUCAAGCAGGGACAGCGAGUCCUGCUCUUCAGUCAGUCUAAACAGAUGUUGGACAUCUUAGAGGUAUUUGUAAGGGAGAAUAACUACACCUAUGUGAAAAUGGACGGCACUACCGCCAUAGCUUCUCGACAGCCCCUCAUCGCUCGCUACAACGAGGACACAUCUAUAUUUAUAUUCUUGUUGACGACUAAAGUUGGAGGUCUGGGAGUCAAUCUGACUGGAGCCAACAGAGUCAUCAUCUAUGACCCAGACUGGAACCCAAGUACCGACACACAGGCGCGGGAACGAGCAUGGAGAAUUGGCCAAAAGCAGCAAGUGACCGUCUACAGACUGUUGACUGCAGGGGCCAUUGAGGAGAAAAUAUACCACAGGCAGAUUUUCAAACAGUUUCUGACCAACCGAGUACUUAAGGACCCAAAACAAAGACGCUUCUUCAAGUCAAAUGACAUCUAUGAGCUCUUCACACUCGCAGACCCCAGUGGAACUCAGGGAACAGAGACAAGUGCCAUAUUUGCAGGUACAGGUUCUGAUGUCCAAGCUCCCAAGAAACCCAACAGGCAAAGGUCAUCACUUGCGUUACACCACGGUCAUCUCAAGCCCAAACACUCCUCAGACCAAAAAUAUUCCCCAACUCCUGCAUUAACAGAGGCCUCUCCGUGCAAUAAAAACUCUAAGGGUGAAAUGAGCAUUCUGGAAGUGAGGCCAAACAUUUCAGCAAGUACACAAAAUAACAGAGACCAGGAUGGAGCCAGUCCAGAAGUCCCAAAGCCUGACUCCUCCAGAGACUCAGGUGUCACUAGCCAUCAGAAACACAGGGAAAAGAGGAAGCACUGCCACUCAGCCGAGGCAGGGAGGCCCCCAAAAAUGAAGCACAAACGCCACCGGGACGCUCGUUUUGAGGGCCAUCGAAUUUCUCACUUGGUGAAGCAAAGCACCUACAAGAAGACAAAUGGUGAAGACAAUGAGAGGGACAACCAGAAGAAAUCUGACGAUUAUGUCUUGGCAAAGCUUUUCAAGAAAUCUGGUAUCCACAGUGUAAUGCAGCAUGAUUCCAUUAUUGAAUCUUCAAAUCCUGAUUAUGUUUUGGUGGAAGCAGAAGCCAACAGGGUGGCCAAAGAUGCCCUGAAAGCCCUAAAGGUUUCUCGCAACCAUUGCAGACAGGCCUUCAGUCGACCCCCUCCACCACCUGCUCGGAAACGCUUCGGACAAAAGAAGAAUUCCCUCUUGAAUCCACCCCCCGUUCAGUCUAUCCGUCUUUCAAAAAAGUGCAAGGACGCUGCUGUUAUAAAGAAUUGUAUUUCAACGAAGCCUGGUUCAGAAGCUCACUUCAGUGGGGAGGUGACAGAAGGGAAUUCUAGCUCCGCCCCUCUCUCAUCCUCCUCCCUGCUUGCCAAGAUGAGAGCUCGCAAUCAUCUCAGCUUGCCCUCCAGCCAAAGAGAAGAUGAUGAAGACUCUCAAGCCGAAAGGACCGCCUCUUCCCCACCUCCUUCAACUGUGCACGAUGAGCUGCUUGUGGAACUGCGGAACUUUGUGGCCUUCCAGGCACGUGUGGAUGGACAGGCUGGCACCCAGGAAGUGCUGGAAUACUUCCAACCAAGACUGAGUCAGGAGCAAGCCCCCAUCUUCAGAGAGCUGCUCAGGGGCAUCUGUGACUUCCACAGGAGCUGUGGUCAGGAAGGCGUCUGGAGACUGAAGGAGGAAUUCUGCUGAGGGCAGCAGGCUGGAAUUGGACAAAUCUGUGUCCAAAUGUCUGUUUUUUCAUUACUCCCAUACUUAGACUGUCCAUCUCACAGAGGCAUUGGACAAAGAUUGAACUGCACUCCUGUCAUUUAUUCAAGACUAUAUGAGGAAUAAUACUGUUUUAUAUUAAAACGCUCUCGCAGCUUACCUGAGAAAUUCAUAAUUGUCCAAGGACAUUUUGAAAAGGAAAUCUGCUAAAAUGUGGAAUUUAUUUCAGCUGUUGUUGUUAGCAUGUCCAAGCACUAGUAAAAUUGUAUUAUGUGUUAUACGGUACCAUUUGAAAAUUUGCAAACCCCCCCACCUUAUUACUGACAUCAGAUUUAAGAAUAACAGUCAAGCUUUGACGGUUAGAAAAUGUCAUAUUUAACACCUUUAAAAUAACGUGCUUCGUGAUUCACGAUUUUUCUUCACAUGUGGAAAGAGAUAUCUUUUUUUUUUUCUUUUUUUUUUUUUAGUUCUGGUCUACAUCAUUGACGCCACUGAUUUUUAAAGCUACAGUGUGUAGGAUUUAGUGUCAUCUAGUCGUGACGCUGCAGAUAGCAUUAUGCUGUCGCAGGUCAAUGUUUUGUUUCCCUUCGCCAUUUUCACUGCUUUGGUGACAUAAGAAAUACGUAUGAGCCUGGUUUCUCACUAGUGUGUAGAUGAGAAAACACUGGUUCCUCUUCUUUUUUCUUCAGUCUUCCAGUUGAAUUGCAAAAUGCAUUGAAGCGAAAUGCAUGAAGAACUUGUUCUAUGCUUAUUAAAGCAUUGAUUCAGUUUUUCGGGUAAUUAUAUACUAAUGAAGAGAUGGUUAUCAACAUUAUAUUCCAUUUCUGCUAAUAAAUGCUAUUACAUCCCACACACUAGUUUUAGAGAUAUAUUUCAAAAUAUAUUUAGAAAUAAAUGCAAAUGAACAUGUUUCAGCUGAGAAUAUUUAAUAAAAUGUCCAAAAUUUAUGAACAGCACCAAAAUGCUGUUGUGUAAUGAUGAUAGUGGGAAAUGAAGACAUAAAAUGUACCCAUGAGACAAUUAUUGACCUCCUUUAUGAAUUGACAGUAAAUGAUCACUUUCCAGCCAUGUGUAACUGAUUACAUAACAGUUGCAGGAACAGUUCAGAGGAACGUGGGUGUCUUGGUGGCUUCUCUCAAGUGUUUGCAUUGGCGUUCACUUUUUGAGAACUUUGUACUCUAGACCAGUUUGGCAUGCACUACCAUUGUGUUUCUAUGUUUUAAUAAUUAAUAAAUGAACCGUGAAGCCUAUUCUGUCACCAAGAAUUGUUCAUGUCUGUCCUCUGAAGUCUUUAAAAAAAAAACAUGGAUAGGAACUUGAGUUACUGUAAAUU